AUGGUGGAUUCUAUGACGAUAAAUAGGGGUGAAUCAAACAUCUCGACACAAGAACUGGAGCCCGACGAGGACAGGUGUUGGUCAUACCUUGGUCGUACAAAUGGAAGGCAGCCAAUCUCUUUGGCGAAAAACAAAUGUAUGGCCAAAGGCAUUGUGCAACACGAGGUUCUUCACGCUCUUGGAUUUCACCAUGAACAAAAUCGGUCAGACCGAGAUUCUUAUGUCAACAUUUUGUAUCAGAACAUCAAACCAGCAUUUAGAGACCAAUUUACAAAGGUGGAUACCAACAACUUGGGUACUCUCUAUGACUUUGACUCCAUCAUGCAUUACAGCAACACGGCCUUCUCCAGAAACAAGAAACCGACCAUUAUCUCUAAAAUAUUCCCGGGCCGUCGGUUUGGUACUGCAAAUGAGAUGAAUAGCUUUGACAUUGCACGUGUCAAUGCCCUAUAUGGAUGUUGUAGUUCUCAAAACUAA